AUGGCGCCGCGCCCUUCAUCUUCGCUUGGAAUGCGUCUCGUAGCGCCACGCGCCCUCUGGAAGCCUCGUGAUUGUUGUCCCCGUGUCGAUUAUCGCCCCUCCGUCACCCCCUUCCAAUAUCUGGAACGUGUCCGCGGUCACUCCCGGCACCCGUUCCCCGUUGACGCCGAUCCCCGUGAGCGUGACGUAGUAAAACGACGGAAUCUUCGGGUUGGUGACGAGCGGGACCCACGCGGCCGCGGCGGAGGGAAGAUCAGACCGACCGAACUCGAGCCACCCACCGCCGUUUGUUCCGCCACUGCCGCUUAG